AUUACAUGAUCUUACACGAUGUCUGAAUCCUACGAAUACCUAUUUAAAUUUUUAGUAAUAGGAAGUGCUGGGACGGGAAAAUCGAGUCUUCUCAAUAAUUUCAUUGGAAACAAAUUUAAAGAAGAUAGAUGUCACACAAUCGGAGUCGAGUUUGGUUCGAAAAUUGUAAACAUAGGAGGAAAGUCUACUAAAUUACAGAUAUGGGAUACGGCCGGGCAGGAAAGAUUCCGUUCAGUUACACGCUCUUAUUAUAGAGGUGCCGCAGGAGCUUUGCUUGUAUAUGACAUUACAUCUCGAGACUCGUUUAAUGCUCUAUCGAAUUGGCUCAGAGACGCCAGAACUUUGGCUAGUCCAAAUAUUGUGAUUUUACUUGUGGGAAACAAAAAAGACAUGGAAGAAUCAAGAGAAGUCACAUUCACAGAAGCUAGUCAGUUCGCCCAAGAAAAUGAAUUGAUGUUCCUGGAGACUAGUGCUAAAACGGGCGAAAAUGUAGAGGAAGCUUUCUUAAAGUGUUCUAAAACCAUUUUGGCAAAGAUUGAAACAGGAGAGUUAGACCCUGAAAGAAUAGGUUCCGGCAUACAAUAUGGUACCGGCACAUCCAAGAGGCUUAGCGCUCCCAAGAAACCUGCUAGAAAUCCGUCUGAUUGUGCCUGCCAUGUAUGAAGUGUUUAGAAACUCAUUAACAUAGAAUGCAUGAUCAGCAGGCGGAUACUAAAUUCAUAUAAACAUCAAUGUUUUAUUGCGGUCUCACUUUUUAAUCACUACUACAUAUUUUAAAAUAAGUAUCUACCUAUGUAAGUGUGAAAAGUAACACGAAG